CCACAGAUCGGAUCUAAAAUGUAGACUACAUAGAUAAGAAGCACGAAACAUGGGAUGUCCCACCCGUAUCUGUGCCCCAGCGCAUAUUCUUUGCAACAGUGGCUCUUCAGUAGGCGGAUCCUGAUAUUCGGCUGGAUGAUUACUUUCUACCUCCUCGCUCAUGGGAUGGAACCAGAUGCAUAUCUGUCCGACACGCAAUCCGAUUCCGUGGACGAGGAAGCCUUGAUGUGCCGGAUGCGAUGGAAAACAGGACAAAGAAAACUACAGCAAGAAAAGCGCUCAUCCUGAAGACGGUUGUCGGUAUCAUGAUACAGCAGGCCAGACGGCGAGAACGAGGAAGAGAAGCUAUGAGAAUCCUAUGCAUGGAAUGGAUUGACCGGGUUGAAUUGGAUGGAAUUUCUUCAAGUCUUCAUUGACUCAUGGUAAAAGAAAAUGAUUUUCGGACAUCAUCAAUUCCCAGACGUAACUCAUCUAACGGCCCGUCUUUUCCUAUCCGAACCGACCAUCCAAAUCAGUAUGCGAGCUCUCUGACCAUGAUUCGACAGAUGUAGCACUUACAUCCAAGCAACCCGUCAGGCACCGCAAACACCAGAAAAGGUCAAAUCUCGCGUUUACCGCUGGCGGCUGGCGGACCAGACGUUGCGGACGUAGCCAUCGCGCUGGCAGAGACGGUUCAGGG